AUGCCUAACUAUGCUAAAUUUAUGAAAGAUUUGUUGUCUAGAAAGCAUAUGUUACAGGAUUGUGAGACAGUAGCACUUACUGAGGAGUGCAGUGCCAUUAUACAGAAAAAGUUCCCACAAAAGUUUCGAGAUCCUGGGAGUUUCAACAUCCCAAUUGCGAUAGGCAACACUAAUGUUGGCCGGGUACUCUGUGAUCUUGUAGCAAGCAUCAACCUGAUGUCACUAUCGGUGUGUAAGUCAUUAGGAAUUACUGAAUUGAAGCCAACUAUGGUCUCUCUACAGCUUGCUGACCAUUCCUUGAGAAGACCUAAUGGAGUCAUCGAGGAUGUCCUUGUUAAAGUUGACAAGUUUAUUUUUCCUGCCGAUUUCUUUGUGUUGGACAUGGAAGAGGAGAGUGCAAUACCCUUUCUGUUGGGUAGACCGUUCUUGGCUACAGCUCGAGCUAUGAUUGAUGUAGAACAACGAAAGAUCGAAUUGAGGAUGAAUGAUGAGACAAUCACUAUCAAUGUUUUUGAUGCUAUGAAGAAUUCAUCUGACCAAAGUGAUUGUUUCAGACUUGAUGUAUUGGAAAAGGUGGUCAAGGAAGAGAACAUUGAUGAUCAAGAAAGAAAAUGA